AUGAUUGGAUCCUAUUCCCACUGGCCACGUGUCUCGGUAUUUGUUCCAAUUUUUAUACUGUCGCUUAGGCUCAAACACCUUAACUCUGAAGUAUCGAAAGGAUAUGUGGAAGAUUUAUCGAUUAUUAAACACAGAGCAGAGGCUCAAAUACUUAGUGCGAUGCAGCAGGAAGAAGGUGAAGGUUUGAAAGAACCACCCUUGAUCGUGUACAAAGAUGGGGACCUCACUUCGGCAGUUAGUUUUAGUUUUACUGACGAUAAUAGAAUUGGUGAAUCGGGAAAUGUUGCAGACAAAGUUAAUUUUUUGAGAAAAAAUGUGUUCAAUCGUGAUGUGAAGGAAGAUAGCCAAAAACCUCUGCAGAAGGAUAGGUUGCCCAUCUCUGGGGAAAAGCAACAUUCCCAGCCAAAUGGGUUUCAACAUGAUCAGAACGCACAGUAUAUGGCACGCAGGGCAUUGGAUGAGAAUGUUAAAGAGAUGAAAGACCAGGUAGUGAGGGCCAAAGCAUACUUGAAUUUUGUACCGCCAAAUAGCAGCUCUCAUUUUGUAAAAGAGUUGAAGCUAAGAAUUAAAGAGGUUGAACGAGCUAUGGAUCAAAUCACCAAAUCUUCUUAUCUGUCUAGGAGUGCUCUGCAGAAGAUGAAAGCUAUGAAUUCUACCUUGUUAAAAGCCAGUCGUAUUUACCCUGACUGCUCUGCCAUGGUGAAGAAGCUUCGUUCUAUGACUUACAAUGCUGAAGAGCAGGUGCGAUCUCAGAAGAUGCAAGAAACCUUUCUUGCAGGACUUGGCGGAAGAACUAUCCCGAAAGGCCUUCACUGCCUCUCUAUGAAGUUGACUGCUGAAUACUUUUCCCUAGAGCCUGAGAAACGGGUGCUCCCCGACAUAAAUAAACUGCAAGAUCCGGAGCUCUAUCAUUUUGCUAUUUUUUCUGACAAUGUUUUGGCUUGUUCAGUUGUUGUGAACUCAACCAUUUCAAUUGCUAUGGAACCAGAGAGAAUAGUAUUUCAUAUUGUGACAGAUUCUCUCAACCUCCCAGCAAUAUCAAUGUGGUUUUUAUUGAAUCCUCCGGGCAAAGCUACAAUCCAUGUUGAGAGCAUAGACAAUUUUGGAUGGUUAUCCACCAGAUAUAAUGCAACUCUGCAGAAGGAAGGCUCUGUUGAUCCAAGAUAUAUAUCUGCGCUGAACCACCUUCGGUUUUAUUUGCCAGAUGUUUUUCCUCUUUUGAAGAAGAUUGUGCUUCUCGACCAUGAUGUGGUGGUACAAAGGGAUUUAACAGGACUAUGGAAUAUUAACAUGAUAGGCAAAGUAAAUGGUGCUGUGGAGACUUGCAAUGAAGUAGAGCCUUCAUUCCGUCGUAUGGAUAUGUUCAUUAAUUUCACCGACUCCAUGGUAGCCAAGAAGUUUGAUGCCCAGACAUGUACAUGGGCUUUUGGGAUGAAUGUGUUUGAUCUGCAAGAAUGGAGGCGACACAAUCUAACUGGAAUCUAUCACAAAUACCUACAUUUGGGAAAUAAGAGGCCGUUGUGGAAAGCCGGUAGCUUACCCAUAGGGUGGAUCACAUUUUACAAGCACAUUGUAGCUUUAGAUAGAAAAUGGCAUGUUCUUGGGUUGGGAUAUGACUCUGGAGUCAGGCCAACUGACAUUGAGCAAGCUGCCGUUAUACAUUUUGAUGGAAUCUCGAAACCAUGGUUGGAUAUCGGGCUCGCGAAGUAUAAACACUACUGGACGAGACACGUCAAGUACGAGCAUCCCUACCUGCAACAGUGCAAUAUCCACGAGUAG